UCGAGAGGGAAGAGAAAAAAAAAGAAAGGAAACGUAACGGAAUUAGUUUAAAAUUGAAAUCUCAACAACCACCGCCAUGACAGCCCGCCGGAAUCAGCUGAUCGCACGCACACAACUGCAAGUGACAGCUGGGAGGGGGAGGGGGUUGGCAGCAACAAAGCAACACAAGAUUUUGUUUUCAUCAUCCGAGCGAGAAAUCAUCAUCGCCGUCGAGGGUGAAGAAGCUGCGAACGAACGUGCCAUCUUACACAUUCCACCCCAGAUCCCGGAACAGUGAAAACAAAUCCAUAUUAAUCCGUGUUCUUGUAGUGCAAAAAGACGAAGGCCAUCGAGAGGAGCGCGACGCAAUUAACGCUUCAGCAGCAGCAACAGCCCGAGAGGAAGGGAUCCAUAACCGAUGGACGGUAGCAGUAUGACGUUGGUCGACUCGACCGAAGAAGGUGCUCCCGGAACGUUCCACAUCUCCUCGUUCUCGCACACGGAUGAUGACGAUGACGACGGGGGCCGCCGUGUUCGCCCCGCUGGUGCUGGUGGUGCUGGGCUCGGCGAUGACGACGAUCUGCUAUCAGCCUCAAGCUUCCAGAUUGGCGGUGUAAGCGGCAGCACCAGCACCCUGCGCUGUCCACUGUGCUACCUCUCGCGACGUCGCUUCCACUGUAAGGCCUGCAUCCGGAACGGGGACUUUGUGCACACGCUCAGUGCCACCCCGCACGGAACUCAUCCGCAGCUGCAGCUUCCGGAGCGGUUCGGAGAGAAGCAACAAAGGCUACGUAAUCUGCGCACCGCCAAUGCCACGCUGGAGGCGAAGGGUGUACGGAUGUUGGAGAAAACUCGUGUGGCCGGUCGGUUGAGCGGCGAUAUUAAGCGCAGCACCGAGAAGGCAAACAUUCUGCGCAAAACGAUCGAACAGAAGCGCACGGUGAUCGAGGAAUUGCGAGCGCAGGAACGGGCACUCCGUGAACGGAACCGUACACUGCGCAUCAAGCUGCCCCGCUGUGAUGAUAAGGUGCAGGAGUUGAGUGAGUUCGUGAUGCUGAAGCUAGAGGAGAGCGAACACCGGAAGCAGCAACUGACCGCGGUACAGGAACGGUUGCAGCAGCUACGGCGUGAUCAUGUCCAGCAGCUGGUGCGCUACAUCUUCCCCGUUUCGCAGACCAUCGUUAGCCGUAGCCAGAGUGCCAGUACGGCAUCGAGUGCGAGCGAUAGUUCAGCGGCCGCAACAGCUCACAGUCACAGUGGCCAUCAUCCGCACGGUAGUCGCAGUACGAUCCACGAAAUUUCCGAAGCUACCCGUACGGCGUACGUACGUGGCCAGUGGGUACUGCAGGACAGUUUCGGAGAGGUGCAGCAUGUGAUCGUCGCACCGUCACUGCCGGGGACGGGCAACUAUUCCGCGUACACCGAAUGGGUCGCUGGUGUCGGUGUCGGUAGUUCGGCGGGUUCUUCGAGCCCAGGAUCACGGCAAGCGCGCGUUGGAUGCCACAAUCCGGCACACACGAUCGCAGCAGCACUCACGUACACCAGCCAGCUGGUAGCACUGAUCGGGCAGCUACUGGACGUCCGAUUGCCGUACCGGGUGGCCUAUGCGGACUUUAGCAAAACCACCCUCACGGAGACACAGUUCCGGCGAAAGGUGGCACGACUGAACACGGACAUUAUUGCCCUUUGCUAUGCCCAGGGUUGCCGGUUGAACGAGAUGCAUCCAACGCAUACCCUCGAGAAUGUACUGUGUCUACUGGCAUCACCAUCGCUCGGCCAUUGCGGUGCAACCGAUCGGAACAGCUGCCUGAGCGAUUCGAUGGAACAGCUUCUUACGCAGGACAUUGGAGAUGAUGCCGAUUCGGAGGAUGAAACCAACAUUCAUCAAGAGUGGGAAGCGGUCCCGAGCAACCUGUCGCCAGUGACGGUCGAUCAGCCGUACCUGCCGCUAGCGGUUCCGCUCGAUCAGCAGCAGCAACAGCUGCUGCAGAUCCGCCGCGGUACGCUCCAUCAUCAGUAUCAGCCGCCCGGUGGUGUCACCGCCAGUCUCGUGACCAGUGCCUUCGCUUCGGUUAGCUCGUUCUGGAAGGGCUGGACGGGCAAAUAGAGACUCGGUGCACCGUAGAAGAUUGAAGCUGCCAAAGCAAAGGGCACACCAGAGAAUGAUCGACGUUUACAGCCACGAAUCUCGUUGCUGAACGCAAAACGAAAACUGAAACCCAAAUAGAAAUUCCGCACAAAGAGCGUGGUACCACCACACGUGUCGUGGCAGUUGAAGUUACAUUUUUCUACAUAAACAUUUUUAUAAAAAAGAAACGAACUAAUACGCUGUGUGCUUUACGUUUAAGAAACGUUCCGCUCCGGCGGGAAGGCGGAGUUAGGCGUUAGUGUCUUCUGUUAAUUCCUGACGCGAGAAUAAAGCAAAAAGCGCAACCGAAACUGUGAUUAAUCAAACAAACUAUAAUGAAUAAACAAUGGUCUAGCAAAAAAAAAAAGGUCUUUCUGCAAAUCCGAACAAAAUGAGCGAAUCCGAAAGAAAGUGAUGCAAUGCAGCGAUCGCAAACCAUCACCGUGAUCGAUCGAGCGAUCGAUCGGAUCAGUGCAUCAGGCAGUUCGCGAGGUUCGCGAGGUCACCUCGUCUUCCAUCGCCACUUGAAUCAAUUGAAGUCUCCUUGAAUACAUCAGUUGCCAAUCGCCCGCAAUGAAUGCUGGGACAAAUCAUGCACUUGUGGAUCCAUACUAUGUUCGAAAACAAAAGUACUAACAAUCCUGAACACUUGCACUGUAAAAAUGUGGAUGAAACGACAAAAAAAACCAUGGAACUUUCUAGUACAAAAUGCAAGUACCAAUAAUGGUUUAGCUGGAAGGAAAUCCUGUGCUGUAAUGCGCCAGACCCACUACAGCUGAUCAGACAAACAAGAUCGUGAAACCGAUGACCUUGUUGUAGCUGGCAAGUUCCUCUACAAUCCAACAAGCCAUCGCUUCUAAGAGCAGUAGGGACUGACCAUCAAUUAAGUGAAGAAUCAUCAAUCCGUUAACCACCAACAGCUCUUUGCUUCCACGCGAUCUUGCCGUCCCCCGUGGGCAACCAGUUAGUUGUUUUUCUGCAAAAGUCCCACCUCUUAUCAUCGCACAGGCGUGUGAGAGUCCAGAAAGUAGUUCAACGAUCAUCUGACGGAGUGGAACGGAUCGUCCAGCAAAAACAACACACACCACCCUCUGUCCUAUCGUCCGGGCAGGAUCAAAUAACAAAAUAUAGUUUCCUCCGACCCCUCCCCUGGUGGGGGCACCAACCAUCAGUGGUGGUGUCCAUGACGCGCGAUUGUUGUUUGUGCCGUUGUGGCGAACAAUAUUUUGCUGCUACUGGCACGGUUGUUGCUGGCAACGAUCAUCACACCCAUCACGCAGCGCGACCAGUUAUCAUCGCCGUUCACGUUCGCUACACGCCAAGGUACUUGGCGAGGGAAGUGGGCGCGGUGCAACGAUAAGUGGCGUUGAGUAUUGUGUCGGACCGACCGGGGACCAUCCUAGGGCCAUCGGACAGACGACAAACCAGCGACCUCAUCAACACACCAUCGCCAUCAAUCAAGCGCACUCGUGCGUCGUACUGUUGCUAAGGAGGGUAGCAUGGUCGCGCCUACUAUGGCGACCUCCUCA